AUGAUUCAAGACCGGGACCCGACGGACCCGAGUCCCAUCUGCUCCUCGUCUCGUUCUUCCAGAGCUCCGUCGUCCUUUUUGAUCGAAAACCUGCUUCGGUCCACGCUGACCAGCACGUGCAGAAGAGAUUCGGUGGAACAGGGCGCGGAGGAGAGCGCGAGUCUCUCCGUGGAGGUGCUAGGCCGCUCCGGGACGUCCCGAGGAGAGGCAGAAGAAGCUCAGGACAGCUCGAGCACCGAGGCGCGCGGUCACGCCUCGUCUCUCACCCGUCACGUGGUGGACGGUGAUGACGAUGAUGAUGACGAUGAGGACGACAACACGAACCCGAAGGCCGCGGAACGGAAGAAAAAGACGCGCACCGUCUUCAGCCGCACGCAAGUGUUCCAGCUGGAGUCCACCUUCGACCGGAAACGCUACCUGAGCAGUUCGGAGCGCGCGUCGCUCGCGGCGACGCUGCAGCUCACCGAGACGCAGGUUAAGAUCUGGUUCCAGAACCGCCGGAACAAGUGGAAGAGGCAGCUCGCGGCCGACAUGGAGGCGGGCGGCCACGCGGGAGAGAUCCCCGCCUUCUCCACCCAGAGGAUAGUGCGCGUGCCGAUUUUGUAUCACGAAAACUCAGCGGCGGGGACUCUGCCGCAGAUGAUGGCAUCUUCGUCACCGUCGUCUUUGGUUGGAUACUCGAACCCGUUCAGCCACCCCCUGACCUAUCACCUCGGUCACCCGCUGGCUUUUGUAACAUCACAAAUGACCGGUCGGGUGUGA